GUUGUAAAAGUCAAAUCUGUUUCCUGUUCUCCAGGACCAGGGUGAGAAGAAGGAGAACCCCAUGCGAGAGCUCCGCAUCCGCAAGCUCUGCCUGAACAUCUGCGUCGGCGAGAGCGGAGACAGGCUGACCCGAGCUGCUAAAGUGCUGGAGCAGCUCACAGGGCAGACCCCCGUCUUCUCCAAGGCCCGCUACACUGUGAGAUCCUUCGGUAUCCGCAGAAAUGAAAAGAUUGCUGUCCACUGCACCGUCCGUGGAGCCAAAGCAGAGGAGAUCCUGGAGAAGGGACUCAAGGUGCGUGAGUACGAGUUGAGAAAGAACAACUUCUCCGAUACCGGAAACUUCGGCUUCGGCAUCCAGGAGCACAUCGAUCUGGGCAUCAAGUACGACCCCAGCAUUGGCAUCUACGGGCUGGACUUCUAUGUGGUUCUGGGCAGACCUGGCUUCAGCAUUGCCGACAAGAAGCGGAAAAGAGGCCGCAUCGGCUUCAGGCACCGCAUCCGCAAAGAGGAGGCCAUGCGCUGGUUCCAGCAGAAAUAUGACGGUAUCAUCCUCCCCGGCAAGUAAAGGACCAUCUUUUGAUCUUGUUUGUAACAAAGUAAUAAAAUUGGAAAAUAUAACCA